CAAAGGUUUGUUUGACAUGUCAGAGCCAACAUGGCGUCAUCGUGUGCCCAGUUUCACGGAGUCUGCGGUCGAUUCCAUUGAUGAUCGGGCCACUGCUGACUUACAGUGCGCUCUAUCAUGGCGGAGGCAGGACAGGCGGAAUCAGAGCAGGACAUCGAGAGCAAGAUCGAAGAAACACGGCAGAGGUUUAAAAGCGAGUAUGUUGGAGUGCUAUUUUAUUUUUGUUUUCUUCUUCCUGUAGACCUCACAGAGAGCAGUAUUCCCGGGUGGAUGUUUGAGAGCGGUGCGGUUUUCCUUCACGGAUACGACAAAGAAGGAAAUAAACUCUUCUGGUUCAGAGUGAAGCUCCACGUUAAAGAUGCCAAGGUGAUAUUGGAUAAGAAGCGGUAUGUGGCGUUCUGGUUGGAGCGCUACGCCAAACGUGAGCCUGGGAUGCCGCUGACGGUCGUGUUCGAUAUGUCGGAGUCUGGACUCAGUAAUAUAGACAUGGACUUUGUGAAGUAUAUUAUUAACUGCUUCAAAGUGUACUAUCCAAAGUUUCUUUCCAAAAUGAUCAUGUACGAGAUGCCUUGGAUCAUGAAUGCUGCCUGGAAGAUAGUGAAGACGUGGCUGGGCCCCGAAGCCAUCAGUAAGCUCAAGUUUGUCACGAAGAGUGACAUCCAGACGUAUGUCGGCCCCGAGCACCUUCCACCACACAUGGGAGGAACGGACCAAUUCAAAUACAGUUAUCCGCCUCUCCCGGACGAUGACUUCCAGUCUCCAAUCUGUGAAAACGGUCCAAUCGUCAGCGAAGAUGAGAGUGACAUCAAGGAUAUUGAAUCCGAGUCCAAAGAGACUCUCGAAUCCAGUUUCAAUUCUGAGCAAUCAAUCAAACCCAAGAAGGUGAAUUUCCUUGAAGACGGUCAGAAGUCUGAAGAUCUGGACAGAGGAGAUCCUGGACGACUGAGAGGAGCUAGAAAACCUACCACCACAUUCAUGGGCACAUUACUGCACAUCAGUCCAUCAGAAGAGCUCCGAUUCGGUGCUAAAGAAUCAGAGAAGAAGUGUUUGAUCAUCCUCAACAACGUCACCAAAAACCACGUGGCCUUUAAGGUCCGAACGACGGCUCCAGAGAAGUACCGCGUGAAGCCCAGUAACAGCAGCUGUGAGCCCGGAGCCAGCGUGGACAUCGUGGUUUCACUUCAUGGAG